CACGCAUCCCCUCUUCAUCGUGCAGAAAUAAUAGCUUGACAUCACACACACCCACAAUCUCAAUCUCAAUUCAUCACAUCCAGUCUCCCAAAUACACAAAAGAUUCGUUUACAAUGGCCGUCUCCAUCAGCACACCCUUCUCCAUCGCCGCUCCCGCCAACACGGACAUCUGGAAGCUGCCUCCCAUGCACGACGUCUACAACGCCCCCAAGUAUCUCCUCGCCAAGGAGCCUCUCACCAGCUUCCGCAGUGUCUCUGUGACUUUCACCGGCAACUACAUUUACCAGUACGACCAGGCCGGUCUCGUCCUCACCAUGACCAACCCAGACAAGCCCGACGCCCGUAAAUGGAUCAAGACGGGCGUUGAAUUCUACGAGGGCCAGCCUCGCCUCUCUACCGUGUGCACCGACAACUUCUCCGACUGGUCUGUCGCCCCCGCCCCUCACUGGGAGGACAUCAAGUGUGGCAAGAAGGCCGUCACCAUCGAGGUCGAGAAGGAGGUUGGCGACGACGGCAGCCUCUACCUUUGGGUCAACUACGUUGACGAGCUCGCCAAGAAGACGCAGCUCAGACAAAUUGGCUGGGUCUUUGGCGACAACGGUGGCGAGGGCUGGGACUUGGAGAUUGCCGCCAUGGCUGCUAGACCCGAGAAGAGCGCCCCCGAUAGCUUCCACGCCCAGUUUACUGGCGCCAGCGUAACCCGUCACGAUUAGGCUAUGACUUCUUAGAGUAUUUAUAUAUAUAUGUAACAUGUCACAAAAUAGAACAGCAAAACAUUUGAGGCCAAAACAUUCUCUAUUACCCCAAUAACCUUGAUGUCCGGAAUUCAACAUCAAGGAGGACGACUCCUCCCCAAAAAGAAGAGAAGCCAGCCCUGUUCUUCUACCGUACCCUUUUUGGGGGUAACGGUAGAAGCAUUGUAUUUCUUCCUUUUUUUUGUGUUUUUAUAGCUAUGCCAAAUAAAAAGAAAGAAACCACUCCUGAAUCCAUGCAGAGAAAAAUCCAAGACAAAAGAAAGCUAUGAUUAGCUGGGCCGAUGCUCUAUAUAUACGCCAGAAAAGCUUCGAUAUGCCUCCCGACUGAGCAUGGCCCAGGGCAAAUGUGAAAUGCUGAAAAACAAGACGCCAACGCUGGAACCCAUAUGUCCCAAGAUAUGCCGCUGUUUUACAAUAAAAGCAAUUCGUCAUUCGUCGUGAAUUAAGUUGAAAAUCAAAGAUAUCCGUUUCGCUUGUGUUGUUUCAUAGACGGGAAAAUUAAAAUUCAAACAUGACCGGGAACCCCUUUCCAUAUCGUACAGUCUGUGAAAAAGAGUCGUUAUUGUUGUUGUAAGAAACGCCAAAAAUUCGAUGCUUUUUGUCAUAUUCGUUGUUCUGUUUUUCCCAAGUAUCCAAUUUAAUGCUGAUGUAAAGAAACCCAGUCAAAAGAUCAUGUCAACAUGUUCUUUUCCUUUGCUUGAAAUCAUCAUUACAAAAGUAUAUAAAGAUGAAAGGGGGGUCGUGACGGAAAGCCCGGCCAGGGGCUUCGUCGUUGUCGAAAAGAAGGCUUUUUUGUUUUUGUGCUUUUUUUGCAUGUUGCUUUUCUGUGACCAGCAGCAGCUUGUGCUAACUGUCACGGGGCAUUCUUAUAAUGAACUCGAAACCAGCGAGGCGCAAAUCCAAAAGACAGAAGACCAAAAAGACGAUGAUUAACGCAUCUUCCACAGGAAGGCGAUGAAAACACCUGCAAAUGCAAAUCCGGAAAGAAAACAAAAAGAGCAUGUGACAAAUGAAAAGAGGCGGGCAAAAGAGGUAUGUGUGUGAGUCUGUGUGCAUCUCGUCUUGCGACGGGCAAGACAGAAAUAGAGUAGAGUUGUUUCUUGAAAGCAAAUCCAAGCAAAGCAAGCCAAAAGACAGACAAAAAUCCGAACGGCAAACUCCGACGUGAAGACGAGAAAGAAAUCAAACUCAAUACUCCAAAUCGAGAAAAAAAAUAUGUCCGCAAGAGCAAAACGCACCAAAUGAAAAAAGUAAAGUUGUAGUCGCAAGGCCCAAGGCCCCUUCUCAACUCGUAGUCUCAUCAAAAAAAAACAAUUGGUGUAAUGACAUCGCUUCCAAAACAGAAUGACCAACGCUUCAUAAGUGAAAGGCGGCAAUGGUAUAAACUCCUCCCUGUAAAGCAAUGACCCAAAAUAAUCACCAACAUUUGUCGGAACAAUCGACAAAGAAGACAAAGAAAUGAUAAAGAAAGCAAGAGAAUAAGGAAAUAAAGGAAAAGUCCAAAAGCAAAUGCUUCCCAAUGCUAGCAAGGAAAGAUAAAACAAUGGCAACCUGAUUCCCAAAAUGAAAACAAGCAGACAAUCCAAGAAAACAAGCAAAACGUCCAAUCUGAUGAGGGAGCAUUGAAAAGUUGUCAGUUGCGCAAACGCCUGCAAACAAUACGUUUCCAAAUGAAGAGAUUCGCUUCCUUUUUUUUUCAAGAUUUUCCGAGAUUAAGUUUUUUGUUGUGACUUUUCCUCUGUUCUCAUAUCUUCCAUAUCCCAUACGGUGCAAGUCCAAAUUCUCAUGGCACUCAAGAACUCCAGGCUGUCCAAAAAGAAACUCCGGGAACGAGAUGAACAAAGAAACCUGGAAAAUAGGAAAUAUCCAAAAACACCAGGACCAAUGAGUGGAGAGAUCAUGCGUUGUUCGCCAACAAACUCGAUCGGCAAAAUCAUACUGUUCGCGGCGAACGAGUGUUCGUCACGUCAAUGACGUCGUCGAGAUGGUUGCACAUGGCCACAAAUAGGUCAAAAUACAAUUUACUCCCUCCCGCCUCCAUCUCAGCCUGCAUGGUGCCGCUGCGCUUAAAGGUCUUGCGGCAGCGGAUGAUCAGGGCGAGGUAGUGCGCGCGCAGCCGGCUAUCCGUAUCGGGCGUGUUGGCGUAGGCAUACUGAGCAGAGCGCAGAAUGGUGGCUACGUCAAUGCCGGCUUGGAGACCCUGCUUUCGCAAGGCCAGGCGCUUCAGCUCUUCGAGGCCGUAGCGGUCCGCGGCGCAGUAUACUACUGUAUCGCGAAGGACUUCGGCUCCGAUGCUGUCGAGGUACACGGCGGCCUGGGGGGCUGCGCAAGUUCCUCCCUUGUCGAGUUCGGGCGAGGUCUGGGGCGUGCGCAGCUGCUGUUGCUGAAGCUGCGGGUUGUUGUAGUCUUCGAGCUCCCAAGAGUUGCGUUGCCUGUUGUGAAUCAGGCGAGGAUAGUAGUCUCCCUUGUAGAGGUACUCGAGGACGGCCGAAAAGACCUCAGGCUCUUCGUCGGGGAGCGAGAUUCGUCGGCCCUGCGCAUCGGGAAAGACAAUUCCUUGGCAAGCAGCGUCGAAGAACGGCGCUUGCCGAAGAACGUCUUCGUGCGCCGCAAAGAGGCGGCCCUCUCGGCCAAUAGUCACAGUGACAAUGGGCGAGGGACUGCUUGAGUGUUGCCGCUGGUGAGAGCGGCGAGCAUGCUGGUUCUGCAAUGCAGCCCAGUCUUGCUCAGUGAGCGAUCUUUGCAAUUUCGAUAGCUUCGCGCUGGGAUCUCGAACAGAUCCGUUUCUCUUUAGUCUCGCAGACUUGUCCACGCGCGCGCUCUGCGCCUCGUGGGAGCGGAACGAGCGUUUGAACAUGCUUGCGGUAUAAUGUUGCUGGUCGGUUUUUAUUCGAAUGAAAAAGAGCGACAAGGUGAUAACUAGAAAGAACGGCGAGGUAGUCCAAGACGGUGUAAUCGGCGAAGCGAGGUAUCAAAACGAGCGACGAGGGGAUCUACUACUCCUGCGAAGAGCAGAAAGAAAGUAAAAAGAAUGUGAUGACGCACAGAACGGUCAAAGAAACGACAGGACACUUGACAAGAGAAAGCAACGGGCCCGGGCAGAAGAAAAGAAACGCAGCGGCUUGGGGCAAAAACAAGGACAAUACUGGGCAGGACUGACAACGAAGACGGGGGAUAAUUGGCUUUCAAGCGAAUGAAAACAAAUCAGCCAGUCAGCGGUGAUGAUUCAGUCUGUCCAAGAUAUCCUCUGAAACUUUUCGCUCCGAGUUCGACAGGUUUCCAGUCCUCCAGUAUAAUGACUUUGCG